UGACAGUCGGCAUACCACGGAAGAGCAAAUGCGAAAACAAAAUGUGGAAUUAUUUUUGAUUUAAUAAUUGUUUUAGGGAUCAUAAAAUAAAAGAAGCAUUUCAAUUACGCGUUUCUUGUUCCUAACGUGCCAUUAUCCUUCUUCAAGCGCGGUGGCAAUUUUCGACCGUUACGUAAGUGAGUCUUCUACUGUUGCUGCCUAAAGCACCGUGUUUCGGUCUCGCAAUGUCCGUAUCGGCACUGUUAACACGAUUUAUCGUUGGAGGUCAAACGUUGACCGCUCCCGGUGUGUUCCAGCAGGUGCGCCAUAAAUGGGCCGACUGGCGGAUGAUUAAAGACCACAAGCGACGACAGUGCGUGGUAAAACAUGCGGACGCCCGGCUACGGGUGAACUCUUUGCGAAAGAACACGAUCCUUCCGGUGGAGCUGCGCGAUAUCGCCAGCAGCGAGAUUCACGCAUUUCCACGCGAUUCGAGCCUGGUGCGAGUACGGGAGCGGUGCGCCGUGACGUCCCGUUCUAGGGGCAUCGUUCACCGAUGGCGGGUCAGUCGUAUCGUUUGGCGCCAUCAAGCCGAUUACAACAAACUAUCCGGUGUGCAGCGGGCCAUGUGGUAGCUGGAACUGGUCAGUGGUCAGUCCGCCUUCCUGUAUUUAGCAAUUAGUUCCCAGUGAAGCAAAGCGCUAAUAAAGUGCUACGGAA